AUGUCGGCGUUGUCUCUGGAAACGGGUCCCAUGACCAACGAGGUCCUAAAGAGCAUCUUCGCCUCAGAUCAGGACAUGUACCCCGCGCCGCUGACCUGGGAACGCCUCCGGAGCUGGACGGCUGCGGCGCCGGAGAUGGCGACGUGCUUCUAUCUACCGGCCGAGGACAGCAAAGGCGUCAACACACGGACACUCGUCGGCGCUGUGAUUGCACUUCCCAUUCUGGCGCCUGCGUGGCGGGAUCUGCUGGUGGGCAAAGUCAAGGAGACGGACAUGGACGCCGAGUCCAUGUUCGCCCGCGACGGCAACCCGCGUUCGGGAGUCGGGCUGCACGUCUUCCACGUCGAACGGUUCGAUGUCCCCGAGGCGCGCGAGAAGGCGCGCGGAUUCGCGGAUCUCUCGAUGCGGGCGGUCAUUGCUGCUGCAGAGGGCAAGGGGUGGAACAUCAUCGGCCAUUCGGCACUCACGGCGACUCCAGAAGGGAGACGAUGCUUCGAAAAGAUGGGCUUCGAGCCCACGGGCUACGAGGAGUUCUGGAUGGCGGACGGACGCGGAGGUGUCGAGCUGGUGACCGUGUCUGCAGAUACUGCACCAUCCCACGAACAAAUAGCCCCUGACGAAGCGGCCGUCCGAGGCCACGCAAGGAUGUUUGCAAAACACUUGUAUCCCGCCAACAGUGCAUAA